UAAUAUUGUUAUUUAAAUGAUUAAAAAUAAUGUACGCGCUAUCAUAUCGGAUUUAAAUUUCUGUGUUGUGAAGUAAAAAAUAUAAAUUGUAAUAAAAUGAAUCCUACAAGCACGCGACCCACAGGUCGAUUUAUACGUGGUCGCGGACGUGGUGGUGGUGCUUUUCGUCCUUAUUUUUACUUUCGUCGCAACGGACGUACAAUACCAGCUGGUGGACGCGGUAAUAGCAAUGCACCGGCUCAUGCUAAUUAUUCAGGCUGCCGUGGGCAACGACGUGGAGGAAUGCAAAAUAAUUAUUAUGCCCACCCACCCAAUGUAGUAUUGGAUUCGUCUUUUUUGCGGCCAGAGUGCUAUGCUGCACCUGAUGAUAUUCAACACACAGUGCAAAGCUUUCGAGCGGAUAUGCCGCUACAUUGCCCUGGCUGGCAUUUGUAUUUCCCGCAAGAACCCUAUAAGGAAAUAUCAGAGGUAGCAAAUCGUAUUAAAGCAGUUGAAGAGUAUUACAUAAAGCAGCAGGAGACUUAUGAUUUAAAACAAAUACAAGACGAAAAAUGCUUUAAGUUGGAAGCAAUACAUGUUUGUGGCGACAAGGCGCUUACAACUCUGUGGCCUCAGUUGAAAGAAGACUUGCUGGAGCGAACACAACGUACUUUAGCUACAUUUGCGGUCGCCAUGCACAAAGUAUUGACAAUGUCUGCUGUAAAUAGUGCAACAAGUCAACAGGCAUGUAGCAAUAGCGCUUAUGUGCCUCGUUGUACAUUACCGCGAAAAACAUUCGCUCGACUGAACGGUUUUGCAGAAAUUAAUUUAAUUUCGGAUUUGGACAGAUCAAUGAUAGGGAACUUAUGCAGCGUACGUGGUGUCGUUUCUGCCAUAGGCAUAGUAGAAGCGGCGGCCUCAUGGAUUGCAUAUAAAUGUCCACGAUGCGGACAGGAGCAAUCUAUGAAGCAAACCGGAUUUUACGUAUCACGACCGAAUAGCUGCAAAAGAGAAGGCUGUCUCGCGAAAAAGAAUUUUAUAGAACAGCGUUCUUCACCUUUUACACGCAUCACCCCUCAGCAAAUUAUACAACUUCAGGAGACCAACAUACAAGCGCCUAUUGACAGAGAAUACGAUACAUCAAACAUGAUUGAUGUCGAGUUAAGAUACGACUUAGUUGAUACGUUCGUAGCGGGUGAGGAGGUAAUUAUUUGUGGCAUAAUUAAAAUACGUACACUGGACGACGAGCAGAAUGCAAAUCCAUGUUCCACUGUAACUACAAGUAAAAUCUACAUGAAAGCUGUUUCCAUAAACAAAGCAAAACGUUUGGGACACAUAUUCACUCAAAGUGAUAUGGAUGUUAUUUCCAUGAUAAACUCGGAGCCAGAUAGUUUUAAGCUUCUAUCACAUUCAGUGGCACCGGAGUUACAUGGUCAAGAGAUAGUGAAAGCAGGUAUCUUGCUGUCGUUAUUUGGUGGAGCUGGUUCACAAAUACAUGACGAGUCGGAGAUUAACGUCUUAUUAGUGGGCGAUCCGGGUAUUGGUAAAUCUCAUUUGCUCGAAAUGUCUGCAAAAAUUUCAACAAGAGGCACAUUCGUCAGUGGCAAACAUUGGUCGCCCGCCACGCAGUCAUUAACCACCGCACUUCAAGGUCGUACACAUCACAUUCUCAGUUCGGGUGCACUCACUAUUUCUAAAACGGGUCAAUGCGCUAUCGAUGAUAUUGAUCGUUUAGCUUCCCAGCAAGACAUUUUAGUGCAGAUAAUGCAGUCGAAAAUGGUUUCACUACCAUUCCCCAAUUUGUAUGCAACUAUAGCCAUGCCGACAUCGGUUAUUGCUGCCGCAAACCCACUUCGUGGCCACUACGAUCACUCGCGAAUACUCACCGAAAACACUCGUUUGAGCAACGCAUUACUUCAGCAGUUUCACUUAGUAUUUCUACUAUUAGAUAAGUCGAACAAAGAUUUGGACACCUCAUUAACAGAGCACAUAAGAGCAAUACAUGACGGCAUUAAGAAGAAUACGGCGAUUGCACAACGCUUCGAUAGAAAACCGAAAACAAAUAAUUCCAUGAGUUUAACAUUGAGUGAUGAUGAAUCAGAUGAUGAGCAAUAUGAUUUAAGUGUACGUUUAAAGCUAAAAAAUGAUGAUUUCAAAGAGGAGGAAUUAGAUUUGCUGCCACCGAUAUUAUUGAAGAAAUUCAUAGCAUACGCACGCCAACAAUUGCGCCCUUUAUUGAAUGAUGAAGCUGCUGAAGCGCUUAAAACGUUUUAUAUGAGCUUACGUGACAAAGUAGGCGAAGAGCAAAGUCGCAGUGUAACGACAAGCCACCUUGAGGGGCUUAUUCGUCUCUCACAAGCACGUGCGCGUGUCGAUUUCUCCGAAGAAGUUACGAAACUUCACGUACGUGACGUUCUCUGCAUCGUACGACACAGUAUAGCUGAUACUACGUUGAGUGAUUAUGUCGAUAGAAAUCCAGCCACGGCGACCGCGCCCACUAGUCAACGGGGUAUGGUGAAAAAGUUCAUACAAAUGCUGCAGUUACGUUCCAGUGCAUUGGGGAGGCGAAUAUUCGACUACGACGAAAUAAAGGAUAUGGCGGGACGAGCCGGUAUCUCGUGUGGCGUCAGCAAUUUAGUGGAUAUCGUGAAUCUACAAGGAUACCUGCUAAAGAAAGCGCCAAAUAUGUACGAAGUGAUGAUCGAUUAGUUGGAGAGAUGAAUACAAUGUGUAUUAUAUAGUCAAUAUUUAGUUUAUGUAUGUACAUGUAAAUAUAUUGUAAGAAUACGAUAAUUUUUUUUUUAGUUUUCUCUAUCAUUGUGUAUAUGAAAACAAUUUGAUGUAAAAUUUUCUUUUAGCAAAAUAUCGAGUUAAUGUUAACGCCAUGUUCAGACAAGUUAGUUGAGACAAAUAAGUUGAAGAUAAAGUGACUGGAUUCUCAAGUUUCAUCUGAAUUUGUAACAUUUGACAGCUGGCGACAAAGAAUCGCUCGAUUUUUUGAUCCUAACAAUUUCAUUCCACAGCAGAUGAUUUUCUUUUUGGUUUGCAAGAGCUUCACAGGCUUGCAUCGGAACCUUUAACCAGUUUAAUUGUCAGUUCAGUUCUAAUUGUCAAUUCAUUUUUUUUUUUUUGACAAAUUGAGUCGCAAUUACUAGUAUUAAGUUUUAAUUGGCUAUAUUUUUCUUAACUAUCAAAGAUCGGAACGAUUGGAAUGGAAAGCUUGUAUGGAAAGCUUUUUCAUUUGAUGUGAUGUUUUCCGCAAUUCGACAUAGGUUAUCAUCUAAGGCCAUAAUGCAAUCUUCGAAGAAAUUAUUCAGAUCGGACUACUAUAGCGUAUAGCUGCCAUACAAACUGAACGAUCGGAAAAAGUGCUUGUAUAUAAAGCUUUUUCAUUUGACGAAAUAUCUUCAAGAAAUUUGACAUGGAUUAUUGCCUUAGGUAAUGGUGCGAUUUCCGAAGUAUUUGUUUAGAUCGAACCACUGCAGCAUAUAGCUGCCAUACAAACUGAACGAUCGGAAUGCAUGCAAGAAAUCUUUGGUAUUUGUAAAGGGUAUUACAGUCCAUGGCCGGUAUAAAUUUAGCUGCGUUCCAUUCAAAAAAUUGAAAAUUACUGAAAAAAAAUUUUAAAUAUUUCUUCAUAAAGUAAAUACCAAUUUUUUAGUUUUUUAAUAUAUUUU